AGCAAGGAAGAGUAUCCAUUCAUCUUUGCUUCUCUACUAUUAAAUUCAAGGUCAAUCAAGAUUGAAACAAUGGACACAAACUUUGAGAGAGAGAAAGAAGACAACCUUGGCUGAGUUUAAGAUUUAUAUAAACAAAAGAACAUGUUUGAGAGAGAGCAUUAGGGUGCUAGAGAUGGAUAUGAAGAAAAUUGUGGUUGUUGUAGAAGAUGUGGAUGCAGCAAGAACUGCUCUGCAAUGGGCUCUCACUAACAUCAUUCGCUAUGGUGACAUAAUCACUCUUCUCCAUGUCUACCACUCCACAAGAUCAAAAAGCAGAAGCAAAGCUCGUGUUCUUCGUCUCAAUGGCUUCAAAUUGGCACUUUCCUUUCAAGACAUGUGCAACAACUACCCCAACACAAAGGUUGAAAUUAUUGUGACUGAAGGGGACCUCGAAGGAACCAAGAUCGCCGCCACGGUGAGAGAGAUUGGAGCUUCCAUGCUUGUGGUUGGACUCCAUGAUUGUAGUUUUCUAUACAAAUUGACAAUGGCCCAUUCCCACAACAGCAUAGCCAGCAUUUUCAACUGCAGAGUACUUGCCAUCAAGCAGCCUUGUGUGUCACCAUUGAGGCCCAUGAUUUCUGCAGUAUCAGUGCUGGACAGUUCAACCAACUUGGAUGUUUCACUAAUUGAUCUUUCUAGAUUACAAGUCCCUGGUACCCCUCCACCAAAAAUCCCAUACAGAAUCUGUCCUAACCCAUCAGCAAUUAUUUGGAGAUCAAGGAAGUCUAGAAGAUGGUGAAGGACACAAUUUCGUACACAGAAUCUAUUCUUAAAGUAGUCCCCAAAAGCAAUUUGGCUUUCUUUUUUCUUCUACUUUUUGAUUUCCCAUAACAUAUGUUCAACUGCUACACAUAUACACACAAAAUGCUGCGAUUCACACAGUAUAGUUCGGUUGUUUAUGCCUAUAAUUUUAUGAUUGUAUAAAAGGAUUCUUUUAUAUAAACAUUACCUUUCUACA